AUGGCUGGCGGCAUCCCACCCAAGAUUGGGUGCGUAGGGUUUCACUUCGACAAAGGGUGUAAAAACGCCCAGAAAUACUACGGCUGUUGGUGCGACACUCUUGGCAACUACUACUGUAGUUCCCGGGAUUUGACGGACAAGUGUCGCUGGUGUGGUUGCCGCAAGUAUCUGGCGGGCAGCAUUUGGCUCCGUGAUACAUGUCAGUUCUCAUAUACCAGACACGCGGUUUGUGUUGAGUGUCUCAAGGCUGCUGCCGGAAUUGCGCAAAUCGCGACUAGCAGCGCACCAAAGAACCCAAGUUGGUAG